UGACAACUACACUCGCUACAGUCGUUACUACUGCUUGCUGAACUUUGCACUUAAUACUUGUUUUUGCAACCAACCAACUCAAAACUCAACCAACCAAAAACACCAAACCAGUCACAAUGGGUUUCACUCGUGCUACCGUCGCCGGCCUCCUCGUUGGAGCUGCCAUGGCCUCUCCCCACUACGGCUACGGCAACGGCACCCAGUACACCACCGAGGUCGUCACCGCCUACACCACCUACUGCCCGGCUCCCACCACCCUGACCUACCAGGACAAGACCUACACCAUCACCGAGGCCACCACCCUGACCAUCACCGACUGCCCCUGCACUGUCAGCCACCCUCUCAAGCCCACCUACCAGCCUCCCAAGCCCGUCUACACCACCGAGGUCGUCACCAAGCUCACCACCUACUGCCCUGAGCCCACCACCCUGACCUUCAACAACAAGACCUACACCGUCACUGAGCCCACCACCCUGACCGUGACUGACUGCCCUUGCACCGUCACCAAGUCUCACACUGGUCCCGCUCCCACCGGUCCUGCUCCCGUCAAGCCCACCGGCGAGGCCCCCGUCCCCGUCAAGCCUACUGGCGAGGCUCCCGUCCCCGUUGCCCCCACCGGCACCGGUUCCACCCCCGAGACCCCCGCCGAGUCCGAGCCUGCUGUCGUCACUGCUGCUGCCGCCCGCUUCGCUCCCGCCGGUAUCCUGGCUGCCAUUGGUGCCAUUGCCCUGUUCUAAGCGCCUUACCUCUCAUCUCUAUCUCUAAAUCUCCCCUGAUGAAGCGAUGAUGAUGAUGUGAGCCUCUUGGUUCAUUAAUACCAUAAUCAAAGAAAAACGAUGGACUUUGCAUGUAACGGAACAACUGGGUAUAUAAUUCAUUUCUAUACAUUUACAUAUGUAGUCUUGCACAUACAUGUCUCUGGAUAGAGUGCAUAGAUGUUAAUUAAUAAAGUUCAUCACCAACUGGUUCACU